GUUGCCACCAGAUUUCCGACAGAACAAACCCAAUCACCAUGUCCGCAACGUGCGGUAUCUGCAGCGUUGGUCCGCGCAAGUACAAGUGUCCGCUGUGUCGGCUGCCGUACUGCAGCACUGUGUGCUACAAGGUCCACAAGGAAGUCCCAUGCGCGGCUCCCGCCCCGGCUGAACCGACAGAGCCGUCGGCUCCUCCCACGACAGUCGCCACCACAUCCUCAACGGGUCAACCUAGUACCGAGGAGGACGAAGUUCCGCUCUUGACGAACGAGCAACUGGCCGUGCUCUCCAUGUCGGCCAAUUUGAAGAAAGCGCUGCACGACCCCGCGACCCGCAGCAAGAUCACAGCGAUCGACGCACACCCGGACCGUCUACAAGAGCUGCAAAAGGCGCUGACCGACCCUGUAUUUGCUCGAUUUGUGUACAACAUGAUGGACGAGGUGAAUAGCGGCGCCAUCAGCACCAAUUAACCGAAUCUAACUAUUGCAUGUAAACUAUCAUGAUGUUCCCCCG